GAAGUCCUCACCUCCUGAAAUUCCAAUGAACCGGUCAACGUUACCAACAGAGACUAAGCUAAGAGAGGAGAUCCCUAAGACGACAGGCCACCAAGAAGACAAGUCACCAACAGAGACAGAGCUGAAAGUCAGGGAGAUCCUGGAGAAGCUAGAUGGACAGAUCCCUCCCAGACCCUUCGCUCACCUCAACACCACCACAAGUGCCACACACAGCACGGCCACCAUCCUCAACCCUCAGGAUACAUACUGUGUAGGGGACCAGCUGGAUGUCUUGCUGGUGGCCAAGGACUAUUUUGGUCACAGGAAGGAAUAUGGUGGGGAUUUCCUGAGGGCCAGGAUGUCCUCCCCAGCCCUGAAGGCAGGUGCUUCUGGAAAGGUGACAGACUUCAACAAUGGCACCUACCUCAUCAGCUUCACUCUGUUCUGGGAGGGCCAGGUCUCCCUGUCUAUCCUGCUCAUGCACCCCAGUGAAGGGGUGUCAGCUCUCUGGAGAGCAAGGAACCAAGGCUAUGGUAGAAUUGCCUUCAAAGGGACUUUUGUCAAUGGCACAUCCAAGGUCACAGCUGAAUGUGGCCUGAUCCUGAACUCAAGCAGUGAGCUCUGCAAAUACCUGUACCGUGGUGGCGAGGAAGUCUUCUACUGCGUGAAGCCUCAACACAUGCCCUGUGAGGCCCUGACCUACGUGUGUACCAGUCACCAAGCUGUUUCUUAUCUCACUGCCAAAGAAAAAAACCUUUUUCAGAAGUCCAACAUAGGAGUUGAAAUGAUGAAGCACCCUAAGUAUAUCGCUGUCUCCCAGUGCAACAAGAGUGAAAACGGGAGAAAGAGAUGUGAGAUCGGAAUGGAGAUUCCCACACCUAGCGGUUACACUUUACAAGGAAGGUGGGUAUCAGCCCAGUGUACCCAGCGCCUGUUAACCUCAAGUCAGAUAAAUGACUGUUUAAAAAGAAAGCUCAUUUACCUCCUGGGAGACUCCACACUUCGCCAAUGGAUCGAAUAUCUUCCCAAGGUUGCAAAAACGUUGAAACCUUUUGACCUUCACGGGACUGGGCUAUAUAAGAAACAUUUGAUUUUGGAUGCUGAGAGGCACACUCUGGUUGAAUGGAAGAAACACAGUCACCCUUUCAUCACUGUCCAGCUCUACUCUGUGAUAGAUGAUGGCUAUAUCCCUCAGGAAAUUGACCGCUUGCCAGGCGACAAAGACACUGUCAUAGUCAUUACCGUGGGCCAGCACUUCAGACCCUUUCCCAUGGAACUUUUUGUUCACCGAGUCAUCAAUAUCCAAAAGGCUAUUGAACGGCUCUUCCUCAGAAGCCCUGAUACUAAAGUCAUCAUUAAGAUGGAGAAUAUUAGGGAGAUGAACCUAGAUACAGAGAAAUUCGGAGACUUCCAUGGUUAUGUUCAGUAUCUAACCACAAAGGAGAUUUUCAAAGACCUUCAUGUGGGUACCAUUGAUGCCUGGGACAUGACCAUCGCACAUGGCACCAAUAUCCUCCAUCCACCUGCUGGAGUGAUUGGAAACCAGAUUGACGUGUUUUUAAACUACAUUUGCUGAAGAAGCAUCACUAGGAGCCCAGCGCUCCCAGCCAUACCACGUGAUUCAUCAGUGACGUUUUGUUCAAUGUAGGAUUAAAAAAAAAA